GAGACCGACUCCCGUUUUGUUGCACGAGGAAAGGAGUCGCGAGGAGCCCCUGAUGACAGACAGACAGCAGAUCUGCUGCCUCGCUGACUGCGACACCUGAACAAUCACCAAACAGAUGAAGGAGAGCCAACUGUAGGCGAGGAGGAGGAGGAGGAGCGGGGGCUUUCCUAAACAAAUAAUAAUAAUAAAGAAGAAGAGAAGGAGAGGAAAGCGGGGGCAGGCAGCAGUCAGCCGGCUGGCCGGGACACGGAGCCCGAGCAGGGGGGAGAAAUCCACCGCCACGACCGUCACAUCACAUCACAGCACCGGGAUGACAAAGGCCCAGUGAAGCGGAGCGAGAUGUCGCAGAAGAAGAUAUUUCUGGUCUUAGUCACCAUCAGCACUGUCAGUCUCCUGCUGCACCAUGGGGGCCACUUGAGCUGGACCAUGGAGGCCUUCCACCUCGGUUGUCCGGCCCUCCGUUCCCACCCUGCCCCGGGCCUGAAACCUAAGCACACCAAUGUGGCCUUCCUCAAGACCCACAAAACGGCCAGCACCACCAUGCAGAACCUGCUUUUCCGCUUCGCAGAGCGCAACAACCUCACGGUGGCGUUGCCCGUGCAGGCCUGCGGUCACCAGUUCUGCUACCCACGCUCCUUCACUACUCACUUCGUCCACCCGCACACGCUGCCGUCGAACAUUGUCACCAGCCACAUGCGCUUUAACAAGGCAGAGACGCAGCGCCUGAUGCCCAACGACACGAUUUAUAUCACAAUCCUGAGAGAGCCGGGCUCCAUGUUUGAAUCCUUGUUCAGUUACUACAACCAGUACUGCCAGAGCUUCAAGAGGGUCCCCAAUGGCUCCUUGGAGGUUUUCUUAGAGGAGCCAUGGCGCUACUACCGACCCGACGAGAAGGACUCCAUGUACGCACGCAACACCUUGACCUUCGAUUUGGGCGGAGACAAGGACCGCCCAGUUACAGAUGUGGCAUAUGCACGAGGCUUUCUGGCUGAGGUGGACAGAGUUUUCUCCCUGGUGAUGAUUGCCGAGUACUUUGAUGAGUCGCUGGUUCUUCUUCGCCAUCUCCUCUCUUGGGAUCUGGAUGACAUCCUGUAUGUUAAACUUAACAUGCGGACGCCGAGCUCAAAGAGGAGCCUAUCACCGGGCCUUCCCGCAAAGAUCCGUGCCUGGAAUUCUUUAGAUGCGCGUCUCUACGACCACUUCAAUGCCUCCUUGUGGCGCCAGCUGUCCGCUCUGGGUCCAGCUUGCGUGGCAAGGGAGGUGAAACUCCUUCGACAAGCCCAGGAGAGGCUGGUGAAAAGCUGCUUCGGUGGGCGGAUGCCUCUUCUACGAUCAGCCGCGCAGAUCAAAAAUAAGGAUCUCCGCCCCUGGCAGCCCAGUGGAAAAGUUGACAUUGUGGGCUACGACCUCCCGGUGAAUCUCAGCCGUGGCUUCUCCAGCCAGGCCCAGGAGCUCUGCCUCAAGCUCAUCAUGCCUGAAGUCCAGUACACACAGGUGCUCCUACGUACCCAAUCACUGCACUACCGCCGAGGCUACCAGCUUCGCCCGGCACAGCAGUCACAUCCCCUCCAACAGCCCAUACGCACCGCCCUGCCUCGGCAUCUUCAAGGGCAACACAGCCAACUGCCCCCUGCAGCCCCGGGCCCUGCAUCAGGGACAGGGUCCACCUCCGCCUCAAAGCCUGCUGCAGGAACUCAAGUUCGGACCACAAAGUUAGGGCCGAAGUCCUCACAGACCCAGGCCUCACUGACUCAAAAGUAGACACUGGAAUAUAUUCUGAGUGCCCAAAAGACUGCAUUGUCCUUCCCAUCCUGACCAUUGAGACAUUGGUGCUUGGUUGGUGGUGGGUGUUGGAAACAAGGGUGUCCUUGGGAAAGAGUCUGGGUUGUGUUUGAAUCAAUGUCUCCCCUAUCCUUUCCAGACAGAGUUUGGGAUCAAAAUAAAUGAGGGAAAAAGGAGGUAAAGGGGGUUAGACGUAUCUGGACUUGAACUUGAAUCUCUCCCCGCUCUGAUCUGUGAAACAGCAUCAGGGUUGGCAGACACAAGGGCGGGAGAAAUCUACACCGGGACUCGGCUCGAUUGCACACCUCUGCACGCCUGACAACAGCGGAUGGGAGAGGGUUUUAGGUGAAAGUGGUGCUUUGAAGCAAAUCUGUUAUGUGCGCCCGGGACUCAAUAGGGAAGUGGCGAUAUCGGGGUCUAUUGUGAGGCACAGAGUAGGCAUUGUGUGUAUCACACUGGUAUAGUAUCAUGUUACUUGCUUUCAUUCUCUGUUUCUACAGCCCUCUCUCGCUCUCUCUCCCUUACAUAUGCCACUUUAAAUCCUUGAGAGAGACAUAAUGACAUUGAGGGAUCAGCUGUCAGGCGUCCAAAGAGCCUCCUAAGAGGCCAGACAGACAUUGAGAUCACCUCUGACCAUUACUACAACAGCACAAUCAACAACUCUUCUCUUCUUCUUCUUCUGCUCUCACAAAGCCGAAAGCAAUGGAGGUUUAAAAAGACCUUAUACAGAGUGAAAGCCUAAAGACUGGAUGCUCAGCUUGGCCAACCAUUAUAGCUAUGACUCACACAGAAACUGAACACACACAUCAAGCCUGUCUCUUCAGCUUUUCGACCUCUCUGGCUUCCUCCUAUGCAUCCAUCUCUCCAUCCCUCAUCCCCGCUGCUACCCUCUGGUUCGGCUCUGAAACCAAAGAUCAGCACUGACAUCUUGUUUUCUUCAAUCCCGGUCCACUUUUGAUUUCAGUCUCCCUCUGACCACCGGCUGAGUUCGCAUCUUGCAGCUUUCUAGACUUUCUAGGUUUCGGCAUGUGGGGUUUUGUCUUUCAUCUUAUUGCAAUAAGAUCACCAGGCCUACGUUAUACUCGAAAGGCAUGGAUUUAGUAACCUACCAGCAACCCCACACUGCACACACUGGCACAAACAAUAAGCUAAAACAACUUGACAGGACAAAGACUUGAGGCCUGUGGGUCGCGUUAUUUGAAUAUUUAAUUGUCUCCCCUCACGGCGCUCCUAAGGGCCCGUGUUCUUAGGUUACAUUUUCAUUAAGACUACAAGGAGCAGACGAAAGCUGCUCAUUCUUAACGCGAAAACACAGGAGAACGAAGCGGAAGCAUCGGUUGUGACUGAUGGUUUUGGCUGUGAUCUUAAAAUAUCACCACUUAUCUCAGCUGUGAUCCAUUUUUAAUCCAUUCUGCUCAUAUUUAAUGUGUCAUUUAUGUUAUUUUAUUCCUCCAGUGAUCAGCAGGACACUGCUGAUGUCAGGAUCCCUGUCUGACCCAUUG